AUGCCUCCCAAGAAGAAGGUCGAGCGCGGUGCGCAGGAGAACAUCCAGCUUGGUCCCCAGGUCCGUGAGGGCGAGCUCGUCUUCGGCGUCGCCCGCAUCUUCGCCUCGUUCAACGACACCUUCGUCCACAUCACCGAUCUGUCUGGCCGCGAAACCAUCUCGCGUGUCACCGGUGGCAUGAAGGUCAAGGCCGACCGUGACGAGUCCUCCCCCUACGCCGCCAUGUUGGCUGCCCAGGACGUCGCCGCCCGCUGCAAGGAGCUCGGCAUCUCUGCUCUCCACGUCAAGAUCCGCGCCACUGGUGGUAACGGCACCAAGACCCCCGGCCCCGGUGCCCAGUCCGCUCUCCGCGCUCUUGCCCGCGCUGGCAUGCGCAUCGGACGUAUCGAGGACGUCACCCCCACACCUUCCGACUCCACACGCAGGAAGGGUGGUCGCCGUGGUCGCCGUCUCUGA